CUGUUGAGCCGCUGCCUGCCAAAGCAGCUGCCAACAGAGCACUGCGACAAGUCUGCAGCUAACAGUCACAGUGAACCAAGAUGAACAAUAUAUUAUAUCUACCUAUACGAAUGUCGCAGGUGCCCUUUGCACUCUUGCGAACACUUGAAAAUGGUUGUCGUGUCAUUGUCAGUUUGGUUGGCCAUAGAUAGCACCAUCACAGAAUCAUUUAACCUCUCUGUACACAGUUGGUUCCAAAGAUAAAGAUGCAGAUGGUGAAGGAAAUGAAGCUAAGCUGUGUUUGUUGGUGACCUUUCAGCUGCUAUGAUGGCUGGCAGAUGUAAACAGCAUCCUGCACCCCCACAGGUGCUGUUAGCAAAUUUGGACAGCUGCCUGUAUAUACCGUAUGGGUAAUAUCUGUCUGUAAGGGCGAACCGUCAAGUUAGGUUCUCGGCGCAGUAUCUGGGCUGCUGCUUCAGCAGUAACUUCGUUGUGCGGACCAAAAGAUUUCGAAGGAUGUCGGAACUUGAUAGGCGCAUGAGCGGACGGCCUUUCUCUCCUACUUCCAGGAACUGGAAACCGGAGGAUUCCGAGAAGGGUAAAAAUCCUUUGGAUUUUUAUGAGAUUUCAUCGAUUUGUUGAUCCAAAAGAUCUUCCGAACUUCAUCAUGGACGAAAAGGUGACGAUUUUGGUGACUGGUGGGUCGGGUAUGCUCGGCUACGCUCUUCAGAGAGUUGUCAAGGUGGAGAAGCGACCCAACGAAGAAUGGAUAUUUAUUAACUCCAAAGACGGUGAUUUGAGGGAUAUAAAUCAGACUCGAAAAGUCAUUGAGAAGUACAUGCCAACUCAUGUGCUUCAUUUGGCUUCUGCUGUUUCUGGGAUGUUUAGAAAUAUAAAGUUCAACAGUGAUGUCUUAUUGACAAACCAAAGCAUCAACACCAAUGUGUACCAAGUAUGUAAAGACAUAAAGGUGAAGAAACUCAUCUCUUGCCUCUCGACCUGCAUUUACCCGGACAAUGUCACUUAUCCCAUCACUGAAUCCAUGCUUCACAACGGUGCUCCACACAUAACAAGUAUUGGCUACUCCUUUUCAAAACGGAUGUUAGAUGUCAUGAACCGUUGUUAUCGCAUGCAGUACGGAUGUAAUUUUUUGUCAGUCAUACCCACCAACCUGUACGGGCCUAACGAUAACUUCUCCUUGGAGGAUGCCCACGUUAUACCAGGGCUGAUUCAUAAGGUACACAGGUGCAAAAAGGAAGAUACUCCCUUGAUAGUUUGGGGAACAGGAAAACCACUUCGACAGUUCAUAUUUUCAUAUGAUUUGGCUAAACUCAUGAUAUGGGCAAUUAGAGAGUAUAAUGACGAAGAAAACAUCUUCUUUUCAGUUGAUGAAGAUGAUGAAAUUUCCAUAAAGGAACUUGUUGAAAUAGUAGUGGAGGAAUCUGGUUUCAAAGGUGAUGUUGUCUUUGAUGAAACAAAGACUGAUGGUCAGUACAAGAAGACAGUGAGCACAGCCAAGAUGAGACAGUUCCUGCCUGACUUCAAGUUUACUCCCAUAAGAGAAGGAAUCAGAGAGACAAUACGCUGGUUUGAAGAAAAUUAUGAAACAGCAAGAACUUAAACAGAUCUAAUUUAAGAUUAUCGUGGAUCAGUUGGUUUUUCCUUUGAUCAUUGCUGUAAUUCAAUUUUGACACUGUACUAUUGUUUUGAAGAACAGAACCAUGUCCGAAUAUUGUUUAGUUAAGGAUUUGGUUAUUCUGGCAAUACAGUAUUAUUACUAUAUUUGUUAUCUCUUAUCCAGUGGUUUUUCUUGAUUCAAAGUAUUAUUCACAUUUUUUAAAUCUGUCCUUUAUCUUUAGUAAUCUAGAAAAUCAAGCUUGCUAAUCCUACAUAAGUUUGUUUUACUAAGACAAAGAUUUUCUUUGACUCAAUAAAUAUUUAAAACUUGUC